AUGUCUACCAAGGUCAUUAUCUUCUUGUGCGCGGUGGGCAUCGCUUCUGCUGGCAAUCUGUUGCACGCUGCUGGUCCAUACGCGUACAGCGGGCCCGUCGCUUACAGCUCCGCACCAGCUGUCUCUUCUGUGUCGUUCUCCAGCCAUACUGCACACGCUCCCGUCGCUACAUACGCUGCCGCCCCUGAAUAUGCCAAGGCCUAUGCCGGGCCUGCUGUCACCACCUACGCCACCGCUCCAGUUGUAACCAAAACUUAUGCCGCACCAGCUUUUACCACUUACGCCUCAGCCCCUGUCGUGACCAAGUCUUACUCUCCGGCUGUUUCCUACCAGUCCAUCUCUUCUCACUCUGCACCCGUUGCGUACGCUAAAACCAUUGCCGCGCCAGCUCUUACUUCAUAUUCUGCUGGCCCCGUGUACACCAAAUCUGUUGGCCCCGCUGUAUCUUACUCGUCUAUCUCCCACUCGGCUCCUUUGUCAUACGCCGCAACUGCUCCCGUAGUCACCAAGACCUACGCUGCUCCAGCUAUCGCCUCGUACUCCGCUCCAGUAAUCGCUAAGGCCAUCGGCCCCGCUGUAUCCUACUCAUCUAUCGGUCAUUCAGCACCUGUUGCGUACGCCGCAAGCCCUGUUUUCACCAAAACCAUUGCAGCUCCCUCGUACACUUCAUACGCCGCUGCUCCCGUCCUGAAGUCUGCUGUUACCUAUUCGGCAGCUCCCGCCGUCUCCCAUGUCACAUACACCGGUCUCGGAGCCAGCUAUGGUUGGUAA